CUUACACAGACAAUAGGGCCCAUUAUGUUGUGUCUCAGUUAGUGUCCGUGCUUCUCUGCUGUAAUAAUCUAAGGAUUUGUGUGCACGAUCACACAGAUCAGAAAAUAGUGUGUCUUAAAUAUUAAAUAAUCUUAAUAUUUCUGAAAGUAUGGACGCCCCGGAAGAGAAAAGCUGUCUUUCUGCUGCGCAAAGAAGAGCAGAAAUUCGGAGGCGAAAAUUGCUCAUGAAUUCCGAAGACCGAAUGAACAGAAUCGUGGGUUUCACCAAAGCUGAAGCUGAAAAAAACGGUAAGGAAAACCUAACUGAUGGUAAAUGGUUUGCUGGCUGAUCAGACAAGCAGAUUGCAUUGCUUGUUAAUUUAUUAGCUUACAGCUCACCCAUCGAAACUGACAGCUAACGGUAGCUUGUUAGCAUCGAAAUGUUAGCUGCACAGUACACAUUUACUGAGCUAGCUAAGGACCAUAAUGGUGCAGUGAGCUGAAGAAAAACCUUGCAUCAGUGUAAAAUGUGCUGCAGUCAUGUAGUCAUGACAAUUCAGUGCCCUUCUGUAUUAUAUAACAAGUUUAUUAAUAUAAAUGUGUAUUAUAUAUGUGUAUAUGCAGGUGUGUGUGUGUGUGUAUAUAUAUAUAUAUAUAUAUAUAUAUAUAUAUAUAUAUAUAUAUAUAUAUGGUCAUAUCUCACUUCACAGAGAAGUCUAGUUAGCCUAAUAUGUUACACUGAUAAUGUCAUCUCAUACAGGAGCGUCCAGUCGUGUCACAGAGCCCAGGUUCCAUCUGGACUUGGACAGGAACAACUCGUGGUCAGCAUCCUCCUCCCCAAGACUGUCUCCAUUCCUCCCGGAGGCAGUAGGCAGCAGCGAUCUCCCAGAGAGGAAGGGGUCUCCCCUGCCAGACAGCAGCGAGGUGCUGGGUGGAGGUGUAGACCAGGACGUGACUCCAGGGGUCCGACAUAGGCCACGGGGAGAGGCCCAGCUGGCAGCUGAUGAGCCCAGCCAUUCUGAAUCCCCACGCAGAGGGUUGCAGAAGUAUCUGUCCCGCUUUGAUGACGCCAUGAAGCUCCGUGGCCAACUGGCCAAUGAGAAACAAGCCCAGGAUGCAGCCGGCUCAGACCCAGAAGAGUUGGACUCCUUCAGGCUCUUCAGGCUUGUCGGCAGUGUCCUCCUUGCCAUCUUUGUCAGAGGUUUUGUCUGCAAGUAUCUGGUGAGUCGGAUCAGAAAAGUGUUGCAUCUUCCCUUGAAAUUUGUGCAUUUGUUCAACACCACUGACCUAUUCUGUCUUAGAUUCGGCCGCACUUAUGGUGAUAUGAGAGUAGACCUGUAGCAGUUCACUAACUAGGCUACACUCUCUUUUCUUUUGCAGUCCAUAUUCGCACCGUUUCUCACCCUCGAACUGGCCUACAUGGGGUUGUACAAGUAUUUUCCAAAGGUAUGAGAUACCUCUACACCGUUACUAUGUAGUGAAUGGAGCACAGCUAUAACAAAUGGGUCAGACACACAUAUAGUCAUAACCUGUGCAGUAUUAUAAUGCAUACAUAAACAUGUAUUAACUUUCCACCAGUCUGAGAAGAAGAUGCAGACCACAGUGCUGACUGCCGCCCUCCUGCUGUCUGGUAUCCCUUCUGAGGUCAUCAACCGUUUCAUGGACACCUACAGGAAGAUGGCCGACGUCUUCGCCGACCUCUGUGUCUACUUCUUCACCUUCAUCCUCAGUCACGAGAUCCUGCUGUUGGUUGGUUCAGAAGAGACUGGUACUCCCUGAUGGACUGGAGGUCGCCGUGCUAUGUCACUGUCACUGUCACCCCCCCCCCCC